UUCACUUUGAUGAUAAAUUAAUUAAUUAAGGGGUUAAUUAUGAUUGUACUGUGUGUCUAUGUCUAUUCCUGUGGGCUGUGGGUUGAUCCCAACUUCAAUUCAUUUUUCAAAGACUUGAAAGCUUUGCAGGUCCAAAAUUGCUAGCUGUACAAGAUCGUUAAUUUCCUUCUAGAAGAUAUUGGGGGCAUUGACCUCCCUCUUGGAAUUCUGGUUUAGGGGUUGAACUACAAUUUGUAGGUGUAGCCUGUAGAGGAUGGCGUGUAGGGGAUUCUGGGAGUGCCUUUUGAAGCUUUUGAACUUCUUCCUGACCCUCACCGGUCUGGCCAUGGUUGGCUAUGGGAUCUAUCUGUUGGUUGAAUUCCUUCAAGCUCCGGAUGAUGCAGUUUCCCCUGUCAGUGAUGAUAGUUCUCUGAUUCAACUUGGUCGACCCAUGCUUACGGCUGUGUCUCUAUCGAACAGCUUCUUUGAUGAUUUGCCUAAGGCUUGGUUCAUUUAUAUAUUCAUUGGCAUUGGAGUAGUUCUCUUUGCUAUUUCUUGUUUUGGUUGUAUUGCAACGUCAAUGCGAAACGGAUGCUGCCUUAGCUGUUACUCAGUUUUGUUGGUACUACUGAUCUUGAUAGAGCUGGGAUGUGCAGCCUUUGUUUUCUUUGACAAAAGCUGGAAAGAAGAAAUUCCAACUGAUAAAACUGGAGAUUUUGAUAUGAUAUAUGAAUUUUUGAGAGAGAAUUGGAGCAUUGUGAAAUGGGUUGCACUUGGAAUUGUUAUCUUUGAGGCCCUUCUUUUCUUGUUAGUACUUGUUGUUAAGGCUGCAAAUAGACCAGCAGAUUAUGAUAGUGACGAGGAGUUCAUUAACCCAAGGCACCAAGCUCGACAACCAUUGCUCAACAGAACAGCAGGCCCAGCAACAGGGGUACCAGUUGCUGGGACCCUUGACCAUCGUCCAAGCAGAAAUGAUGCAUGGAGUACACGCAUGAGGGAGAAGUAUGGGCUUGAUACAUCGGAAUUUACAUACAACCCAUCGGAGUCAAACCGAUUCCAGCAACCAAACUCACAGCCAACGGAAGAGAGGAGCCGCUGCACCAUCAUGUGAUCUCACUUUGUGGAUGGUGUACCAAAGCUAUGGCAGGUUGGUGUAGAAGGUUCUAAGAGAAAUAUCUUUCGUUUGCAGAGUUUGUGUACAAUUACAGGUUACAAAAUCACUCUAGGACCUUGCAACAUUAUCUUUUUCUUCUUGUGUGUAUUGUUGUGAUGACAUCAUAACUUGUGGGGUUCACUUUGCUCAUGAGGUGCCCAUCACUGAUUUCAAUCCCACAGAUUACUUGUUUCUAUUUUUGUUGUAUGUUAUGGCCCAAGUAUUUAUUUA